GUGUGACAGUCACUGCCUUACACAGUGAUAGAGAGGAGGAGGGAUGGAAAGCGCAUCCUCACAUCUAUCAGGGACUUAGACACCAUCCUGAGUGAAGUGAAGUGAUUCCCUCUACACCUAUACCAGAGACUUCAAAACCUCUGGAAAACCCACUGGCUAGCUCUAUCCUCAGCAGUGUGGAGCUCGUCCUGCUCAUCCAGUGGAAAUUCCCCGUGUAACUGGUCUAUGUGGACCUGUUCAGGUCUGGAUCUGCUUAACUGACGUCUCCUCACUGAAACAACACCUGGGAUAUCUAGAAAGGACGAAUCAUAAAAUCCUGGUCUCUUUGAAUUGGACUGGACAUAUCAUAAUCUCAUAUGGGACAUAUCCAACAUGAUGACAAGUACGUGAAAAGAGAAGAAAGUAAACAUUGCAAUGGGGCCUGCUGCUGUAGUGACGCCUCUGACUAGUCUUCUGUGAAAUAUGGAGAAAUCUGGUCCGAUGCUGGCCUCUAUUCCCAAUCGCACAGGGUCCAACCUCACAACUGGCCUAUGGGGACCCAACCCCACAGUCCCCGCAGAGGUGGGAGUGGUCACCAGCUCCCAGUCUCAGAUCAAAGAUCUGAUUGGGCUGUUUGCAAUGGUGACCCUUAAUCUCAUCGCCCUAUUGGCCAACACUGGAGUCAUGGUGGCCAUCGCCCGCGCCCCUCACCUGAAGAGGUUUGCCUUUGUGUGCCACCUGUGUGCAGUGGACCUGCUGUGUGCCAUCCUCCUCAUGCCCCUGGGCAUCAUCUCCAACUCACCCUUUUUUGGCACCGUGGUGUUCACCGUGUUGGAGUGCCAGGUCUACAUCUUCCUCAACGUGUUCCUCAUCUGUGCCUCCAUCCUCACCAUCACCGCCAUCAGUGUGGAGCGCUACUACUACAUCGUCCAUCCCAUGCGCUACGAGGUGAAGAUGAGCAUCAAUCUAGCCAUCGGCAUAAUGCUCCUCAUAUGGGUCAAGUCCAUCCUUCUGGCCCUGGUCACCCUGUUUGGUUGGCCUGCCUACGGGGCCCACAGCUCCAUCGCUGCCAACCACUGCUCCCUCCACUGGAGCCACAGUCGGUUGAGGAAGGUGUUCGCCGUGCUCUUCAGCGUGGUGUGUUUCCUGUUACCUGCCAUUGUCAUCUUUGCUGUCUACUGUAACGUGUACAAGGUGGCGCGCUCGGCUGCCCUGCAGCACGCACCCGCGACCACCACCUGGGCCUCGUCCAACCCAGCCAAACGUGCCAACCGUUCUGACUCCAUCAACAGCCAGACCACCAUCAUCACCACCACCCGCAGCCUGCCCCAGAGACUGUCCCCUGAGAGGGCAUUCAGCGGAGGUAAGGCUGCCCUCACCCUGGUGGUCAUUGUGAGCCAGUUCCUGCUCUGCUGGCUGCCUUACUUCUCCUUCCACCUGCACUUGUCCUUCAGAUCGUCCCUGCAGAGUCCCGGGGACGUGGAGGAGGCCGUCACCUGGCUGGCCUACUCCUCCUUCGCUGUCAACCCUUUCUUUUAUGGCCUUCUCAACAGGCAGAUCAGGGAGGAGUUGGUCAAGUUCCGGCGCUGCUGCUCCUCCGGACCGGUGGAGCUGGUGGCCUCCAGCCAUGAGGGCUCCUUUCAGGAGAACUUCCUCCAGUUCAUUCAGAGAACCAGCUGCACGGCCGACAAGCGCUCCAGCUGCACCAACUCCAGCCCCAGGAACACUCUGGACCAGGGGAUCAGAAUACCUGGCCAGAUAACAGAGGAGCACGGCUAAACAGAGGACAGUGGACAACACAUUUCAAUUUGGACUGUUAAUAUGACAGCCCUCUGUACUCGUAGCACCCUGAGUUUUUCCUGAUUAUGUGUCCUGACCAGGAAAACUAUAGGGCCCUGAGGUUUUUCAGGUCAGAUCAUGUGGUUGGUAAAAACUCAGGCCCCUACUCAUAAGCUGUACAUAAUAUGCCUCUGAGUAGGUGUCCAUUAUUUAUUGGUAUGGGAUUCAUUCAGGUAAGGUCUCCAACACAAGACCAGUGUUUUAAUGUGAAAUAUGAAAUUAUUGUGACAGAAUUUAAUUGACUUUACCAUUGUUUCAUGACAGGCCUAAACCGAAACAUUAUGUUAAACAGUCUCCAUACAUACUUCCAUUCAUUUUUUUCAGCUGGUACCAAGGGACCUUCAGAUGAGUUUUGUGAGGCCUGUGGCCUCACCAUCAUGUUCAUUAGAGUCUCAUCUUUCCAUAGUUUGUAGGCCAAACCGUUGGUACGCUACAGAUGAUUUUGUGAGAAGACCGAUUUUCGGGAUUGUCUCGUGGUCUGACGAACACCGCUCUAGUUCUGUCACCUUUCACCACAGAUGCAGAAUUGCGAUAUAGGCAGAUUUUUUUAUUAUUACAAUUAGAUUUACACAGGGACGCGGACAUCGACCAUAGGGGGUUAAAGUGUAUGCUUGUUUUAUAUAAUGUUGUAUGAAUUAUAAACUCAGCAAAAAAAUGAAACGUCCUCUCACUGUCAACUGCGUUUACUUUCAGCAAACUCAACAUUUGUAAAUAUUUGUAUGAACAUAACAAGAUUCAACAACUGAGACAAACUGAACAAGUUCCACAGACAUGUGACUAACAGAAGUUGAAUAAUGUGUCCCUGAACAAAGGGGGGGGGGGGGGGGGGUCAAAAUCAAAAGAAACAGUCAGUAUCUGGUGUGGCCACCAGCAGCAUUAAGUACCGCAGUGCAUCUCCUCCUUAUGGACUGCACCAGAUUUGCCAGUUCUUGCUGUGAGAUGUUACCCCACUCUUUCACCAAGGCACCUGUAAGUUCCUGGACAUUUCUGGAGGGAAUGGCCCUAGCCCUCACCCUCCGAUCCAACAGGUCCCAGACGAGCAGUACGGCUGGUGGCAUUGUCAUGCCAGGAUGAGCCAGGAUGCCAGGAUGUCAGGAUGAGCCUGCAGGAAGGGUACAACAUGAGGAAGGAGGAUGUCUUCCCUGUAAUGCACUGAGAUUGCCUGCAAUGACAACAAGCUCAGUCCGAUGAUGCUGUGACACACCUCCCCAGACCAUGACGGACCCUCCACCUCCAAAUCGAUCCCGCUCCAGAGUACAGGCCUCGGUGUAACUCUCAUUCCUUUGACGAUAAAUGCAAAUUCGACCAUCACCCCUGGUGAGACAAAACCGCGACUCGUCAGUGAAGAGUACUUUUUGCCAGUCCUGUCUGGUCCAGCAACGGUGGGUUUGUCCCCAUAGGCGACGUUGUUGCACGUGAUGUCUGGUGAGGACCUGCCUUACAUCAGGCCUACAAGCCCUCAGUCCAGCCUCUCUCAGCCUAUUGUGGACAGUCUGAGCAAUGAUGGAGGGAUUGUGCAUUCCUGGUGUAACUCGGACAGUUGUUGUUGCCAUCCUGUACCUAUCCCGCAGGUGUGAUGUUCGAAUGUACCGAACCUGUACAGGUGUUGUUACACGUGGUCUGCCACUGCGAGGACGAUCAGGUGUCCGUCCUGUCUCUCUAUAGCGCUGUCUUAGGUGUCUUACAGUACGGACAUUGCAAUUUAUUGCCCUUGCCACAUCUGCUGUCCUCAUGCCUCCUUCCAGCAUGCCUAAGGCAUGUUCACGCAGAUGAGCAGGAACCCUGGGCAUCUUUCUUUUGGUGUUUUUCAGAGUCAGUAGACAGGCCUGUUUAGUGUCUUUAGUUUUCAUAACUGUGACCUUAAUUGCCUACCGUCUGUAAGCUGUUAGUGUCUUAACGACCGUUCCACAGGUGCAUUGAACAAGCAUGGGAAACAGUGUUUAAACCCUUUACAACGAAGAUCUGUGAAGUUGUAUGGAUUUUUUUGAAUUAUCUUUGAAAGACAGGGUCCUGAAAAAAGGAAGUUUCUUUUUUUGCUCAGUUUAUAUUCUGAAAUAACAUUUAUGGACGUGUUUACUCAUGUUUCCAAUGAACAAGAAAAAAGGUAUUGGAAUACUUUCCUAUUUUAAAAUUGUACAGCGGGAAUGUAAAGCUUCUAAUUAACUUUCUCUCAUUAACACAGUAUUUAAAUAAAGCAUAAUUACAA